AGAGUGAGCGGCGGCAUCAAAUCAAAACCUCCAUCAGUGCUUUAACUGCAAACUACAGCCUUCAAAAUAAGUGUCCGAAGCCGCAGACAGUUUAAACCACUGCAGACGUGAACGGAUAUUACACAGAGUGGGAAGGCCGACAAUGGAGAGAGCGCCGAGUGAAGGGGGACCGAUGAUGAAGAACAUGAAGAAUCAAAAGUGAAGCUCUCAUACCGACCAUUGGGAUCCUCUCGCUGUUUAACCUCACCCGAUGAAAGCCUUUUCCUCUUUUCAGUCCCUCGUGUGGUGUCACUGGGCCAUGGUUCGCAAAAAAGGAUCUCUAAUCUUGUGUGGAGCUUUUCUGUUUGUUGCCUGGAACGCCUUGCUCCUCCUCUUCUUAUGGGGCAGGCCCCCCAUUGGUCGAUUUGGUGAGGGAGGUGGAGCUGAACCAGGCGCCGGCGAGGAAUGGGGAGCUGGAAAAGCAAAAGUGGGUGGAGCUAAUGGAUUGGCCGGUGAAGUGAUCCGAUUGGCUGAAGAAGUUGAAUUGGAAUUAGAGACUCAGAAAAAGCUUCUCAAGCAGAUACAGAGUCACAGGGAACUAUGGGAACAGCGGAAGGAAUUGGGAAAGAGGGAAUUGGAAAACAAAAAGAACACUGAGGAACCUAAGAAACCUCAACAGUAUCCUGAAGUACCUCCAAGUCAUACAGUUGUAGAAGAUACAAAAACUAUUGCAAAUAAUACUCAGACUCUUACAGUUGCGCAGCCUCAUCUGGUCACAAAGGAGGAGAAGCUGGACCAAAACAAACAAAUGGUGGAAAAUGAAGUAGGCCUUACUAAACCUAGCCCUCAAAUCAUUAUCCCGAUUCUUGUCAUUGCCUGUGACAGAGUGACAGUGAAGAGGAGUUUGGAUAAAUUGAUACAGUACCGUCCUUCUGCUGAGCUUUACCCAAUCAUUGUUAGCCAGGACUGUGGUCAUGCAGAUACAGCAAGGGUGAUUGACUCCUAUGGCAGUCAGAUAACCCACAUUAGCCAACCAGAUCUUGCAGACAUUCCAGUGCGGCCUGAUCACAGAAAAUUCCAGGGUUACUACAAGAUUGCCAGACACUACCGUUGGGCCCUGAACCAAGUGUUCAAUGUCUUUGCCUACUCUACAGUGGUCAUUGUGGAGGAUGACUUGGAGGUGGCCCCAGACUUUUUUGAGUAUUUCCACGCUCUUUACCCCAUCUUGCAUUCGGACCCUACUCUGUGGUGCAUCUCAGCCUGGAAUGAUAACGGACGGGAAGUGUUAGUCGACCCGGGCAAGGCUAAGCUCCUUUACCGGACAGAUUUCUUUCCUGGCCUUGGAUGGAUGCUUUUGAAAGAAGUCUGGGCAGAGUUGGAGCCCAAGUGGCCGAAGGCAUUCUGGGAUGACUGGAUGCGCCACCCGGAGCAACGAAAAGAUCGUUCCUGCAUUCGUCCCGAGAUCUCAAGGACCAUAACUUUUGGUCGGAAAGGAGUCAGUUUGGGUCAAUUUUUUGACCAGUAUUUGCGCUACAUUAAACUCAACACUGAAUUUGUGCCUUUCACUAAAAUGGAUUUGUCCUACUUGAUCAGAGAGAAGUAUGAUGAAAACUUUGAGAAGGAAGUUUAUAGUGCCCCUUUGGUGAAGGUGGAGGAACUACAACAUGGGGGAAGCUUGAAAGGCUCUGGCCCAUUUAGAGUUCAGUAUUCCAGCAGAGAAAGUUUUAAAGUGCUGGCUCGCAACUUGGGAGUUAUGGACGACUUGAAGUCAGGGGUUCCCCGCGCUGGUUACAGGGGUGUAGUCAGCUUUAUCUCCCGUGGGCGAAGAAUUUUUCUGGCACCCCCUGAGGGCUGGACUAAAUAUGACACCAGCUGGAGCUGAAAAGGACUAGGUUUGGGUGAAGACCACAGAAGAAGAGAAAGAGAAAACUCACAACUAUUAUUACAAGUACAGGAGAGAAACACCCUCUCAAACCAAAGAAAACAGAGGCAGGGUGUGAAAGAUUGAGAAGGUUAUAUGGUAAGAGUUAGUGAGUAUAAAAUAACUACUGUUUUGAAAUGCAAGAACACCCAGAAAUAUUGGGAAAGGCACAAAAAGGUGGUACAUGUGCAGCAGUCAGCAACAAUCUGCCCUCAGAGAAAACAGAGUUAUGCUGCAAAAAGCUCCACUGCAGAAGAGGUCAUUCUAAUGUGGGAUAAAUAAUUAGCAGAAUCUCUUUAUUAGAGCGCAUUGAACUUUCUGUUAUACUCUAGGUCAAUCCCAGAGGCAAUGAAUAGUUAUAUCAUACCACUUCUGUUCUGUCUCUAUUGGGUGAAUCUGACAAAAAAAAGUCCAGGUCAUAUUUUAAAAUGAAAAGAAAAACAAUUAAAUUAUAUUUUGCAUAUAGGAAAACCUAUUCUAAGAAUUAUAAUGAUUUUUGCAAUGUGGCACUGUUCAUAUACACUAUGCCCCAUUGUAAUGAAUCCAGACUUUAGAUUUGUUUUGUAAUUCCGAUUAUUUUGAAAGGUUAUUCUCAUUAGAUUCUCAGUAAUACAGUAUUAAUGUAAAAAACAACAACAAAACAUAAUACAUGGUUUUUUAUUUAAAUCAGCAUAAUUUAAAGGCGGGACAACAAAUAUUGCCACAUUACAGUUAUUAGUGAGGUUUUGAAAUUUGGUAAAGGGUGAGCUUUUAAUGAAAUUUUUAUAUAAUGUCACAAAUCAAACAAAUCUUAAUGGUCCAGAAGAUAGCUUCAUUUUCUUCAUUCUUUCAUGCUUUUUUGGGUGUUCUUGACAGGUGUUAUUAGAAUCACCCUAAAGGCCAAUCUGAGUGUUUUAAAGCCCAUUGCCAAGUUGUAUUAGUCCCUGACAUGAUUUUAAUUAAGAUAAUUUAUAUCAUUAUAAAUGAAGACUGUGCAAAGUGCACAUUUUUACAUUUUAUGUAGCACCAUUAAAGGCAUAGUUCACCCAAAAAUGAAAAUUCUUUCAUCAUUUCCUCACCCUCAUGCCAUCCCAAAUGUUUAUGACUUUCUUCUGCAGAACAGAAAUAAAGAUUUUUACGCACCAAAUACCCUAUAAGGGCAUCAUAAAAGUAAUCCAUAUGACUCCAGUGGUUUAAUCCAUAUCUUCAGAAGUGAUAUGAUAGGUGUGGGUGAGAAACAAUCAAUAUUUAAGUAAUUUUCUGUUAGAAAUUCUUCUUCCUGCCCAGAAGGGGGCAAUAUGAACAAUGUGAAUCACCAUAAACACAAGAAGAAGAUUGUGAAAGUGAUCAGUUUCUCACCCACAACUAUCAUAUCACUUCUGAAGAUAUGGAUUAAACCACUGGAGUCUUAUGGAUUACUUUUAUACUGACUUAUGUGAUUUUUGUUUUUAGCUUAAAAAUUUUGGUCACUAUUCACUUGCAUUGUAUGGACCAACAGAGCUGAAAUAUUCUUCUAAAAUUCUUUGUGUUCUGCAGAAGAAUUCACAUCUGGGAUGACAUAAGGGUGAGAAAAUAAAAGAAUUUUCAUUUUUGGGUGAACUAUCGCUUUAAAUCAAUGAUGUUUAAACUUGUGCCAGAAAUAAUUAAAGGCUUGUGUAUCUGACAACAAAAACUCUUCUGUGCCAUUCUGUUGAAGUACUUGAAGUUGUUUUGGUUUUUUGUUGUUCUUCCUGGCCUGGGAGAGCUUUCAUCACAUUUUAAAGAUGUUUGUAGGUUUGUUACAAAACCAGUGGUGAGAGAAAUUGCUUUAUAUAUUCUUACGGAUGAAAUCAUUGAAUUUAUUGCAGUAGACCAGAGAGGAGACAUUUUAAUUAAAUGUACUGUAUCUAAAUGUUUAGGUGAGAAAUGAUCUGAUUUGAAUUCAUAUGCAGUAUGAAGAGUUCAACCACUGCCUGACAUGUUUAUAACUUUAUAAAUACAUUGGGAAUAAAACUGACUAUUUUGAUAUUUCACUCUAUAUGCUGCCUAUUUUGUGUCUGUUUAUUUUUGUCUUAUUAGAACUCUGUAGGGGCAGAGCCAGUUUUUCAUAUCGUUGGCCACAACCCUGGCCACCCCCUAGCUCCGCCUCUGAUCUGUACACAGGAACAUCCUAUUUAAAACAAAUCCUUUAAUUUUUGAGUCAGUGAUCUGAGGUUUGUAAAUGUGUCCUCUGUUUGAUGUUAAAGCUGAAAUCUUAUCAGAUGACCCUUCCACUGAUCAUGUGUCUAAAACCCCCACAUCAGCACUGAUCCAGGCACUAUUGUGACACCUUUAACGUGUCUGUCGCU